UUUUACCUUUGUAAUUGUAUAGUUAUUAGUAUUGUACUAUUGUAUCUGGUUUUGAAUGAGCAAAGGAGAAAUGAUGCGUUGUGAACUAAUCCUGAUUGUUUUACAUGCAUUUGGUACAACGUUGAUUCAUAGUAAAGAUCUCCACCCAUGCGACAGACAGUGUGAAUACCCUCCAUCACCAAAAAUUUGUGAAUACGACUUUGUAAUUGAAUGGUACUACACAAUGUCGAAAGCAUGUUACGAUUGUCCAUUUGUUGCAGACGACUGCUCGAGACCUCAUUGUAUUCCUGCGGAUGGUAUUAAUAGACCGUUGGUAACUGUGAACAGACAGUUUCAAGGGCCUUCAAUCAGGGUUUGUUACAAUGAUACUGUACGUGUAGUGGUUGACAAUCAACUCGUUGAUGACGAAAGCGUCACAAUUCAUUGGCAUGGUCUUUUUAUGAAAGACACACCACACAUGGAUGGUGUUCCCAUGAUAACACAGUGUGGCAUCCCAUCCAGAACAACGUUCACUUAUGAGUUUUUAGCAGACCCACCAGGUACUCAUUGGUGGCAUUCGCAUUCUGGCUUUCAACGGGCUGACGGCUUAGCUGGUCCCCUCAUUGUAAACAGACCUCCAGAUCAAGAUCCCCAUCGAGAUUUAUAUGACGUAGAUUCUGACGACUAUGUUAUAUUCUUGAUGGAUUGGUUACAUACAACAACCUUAGAUAGAUAUGCAUCGUCUCAUCAUAAUUUCGGCUUGUUUAUUGGAGAUAAUGUAUUAAUAAACGGGAAAGGUGUUUUCAAAGAAUUUUUCAAUACAACGGCUAACAUCACGUAUUCUACUCCAAGAAAAGUUUUUACUGUUGAAAAGAAUAAACGAUAUAAAUUUCGUAUGAUUAGCAGUGCUGCAUUUUGUUCGUUUGAGGUGUCUAUCGACGGACAUGAACUCAAUGUCAUAGCGACAGAUGGUUAUGACAUCAAGCCAAUGUUAGUUUCGUCGAUUGUAAUCCACAGUGGAGAAAGUUUCGAUUUUGUUGUUGAUGCAUCAAAUGAAAUCUCAAACUACUGGAUUCGUGUACGGGGAUUGGAAAUUUGCGCCAUCUUCGUCAAUGAUUUGACACAGAAAGCUAUUCUGAAGUAUCAAAGUGCUACAGAAGUUGAUAUAAUUGCGUCUCCUAAUUUAACAAGUAAUGUGAAGCAAUUGAACAAUCAAUGGAGCAAUUCCACUGACCCAAACAACAUUCAGAUAACGUCCUUGAUGCCACAGCAUUCUGAUUUAUACCUAGACCAGUCUAGGUACCGAGAUACACCAGACCAAACACAUUUUAUCGGAUUUGACAUCUACAUGAAUGGUCAUCCCUCGUUCAACGAUCCGAAAUUAUAUCCCGAAUACAAGAAACUAUUGUUUCCUAAACUUAACAACAUAUCCUUUGUUGUUCCAAUGUAUCCAAUGUUAACGCAAUCGAAUGAUAUCGAUAAUGAUGAUCUAUGUUUUCCUGAGGCGAGUGAUUGGACUCAAAGUCGUUCUCAAUUUUGUGGCGAUGAAGAGUUUUGUUCUUGUACUCACAUGAUUGACGUUGGUAUUGGUAAUCUUGUUGAGUUGGUAAUUUAUGACGAAGGCGGAUUUCCAUUUGUCGAUGUUGGUCAUCCGAUGCAUCUACACGGACAGCAUUUCAAAGUGGUAGCAAUAAAAAAAGUUGGCGAAUCUCUCUCUCCCGAAUUGGUGAAAGAACUUCAUGCUAACGGCAGUAUUGAAUACAAUUUCAACACAGUUCUGAAAGACACUGUUAUUGUUCCUAACGGUGGAUACACAGUUGUUCGUUUUCUUGCUGAUAAUCCCGGAGUCUGGUUCUUCCAUUGUCAUCUAUCCUUCCAUUUGCAUAUAGGUAUGUCAUUGGUAUUCAGAGUAGGAGAACCUAGUCAAUGGAUCAAGCCUCCAGAAGACUUUCCAAAGUGCGGUACAUGGUCUGACUCUGGAAUUUUGAGUUCUGGACAACAGACACCUUUACCAAACAUAUUACUUAUAUCCAUAAUUAUCCAGAUAGGGUACUUGACAAAAAUAUGCAUAUGAAUGGUGGGAAGACAAUCGUCGGUGGAAUAUGAUUUUGUCAUGCAACAAUGUUUGUAAUUUACUGCAUUAUACAAUGUAAAUUGAACAUAAGUAAAUUUGCCUCUGUUGUAAUUUAUUGGUCUAAAACAGUAAUUGUCCAGUGCCUGCGAGUAGCAAAAGAGCUUUUUAGUUUUAUCCCACGUUUUAGAUAACUAAUACUACGAGUCUUAGCCGAUCGUAACUGGAGAAAUAAUCAGAAUAAAGAUAUGAAAGAAGAGCUAGAUUGCCAUGGAACGAUUUCCAGCUUGGGCUUAAAGCUGUUGAAUAGGAUACUGUUGCACCUUCAGAAAUCACAUCGUCGCUACUUUCUUCGUUAAUUCCUGUAUGUUGAUCAUGAAAACGCGUAAAUAUGUAUACAAGUUUUACUCCUGUACACCUGUGUGCGUCCCAACUUGAGCAGUUACUGUACUUGUACAUAUCGAACGCAGCAUAUAAAAGGAAAAGCAUGAAAAUACAUAGAAGUCAUGUCCCGCUACUAGGAUUUUUUAUGCAUCCGAACAUGCUAAAUCACAUACCUGUACAUGCCUGAUACAGCCUAUCAGCCAAAAUCACCUAAAUAAGCCUACAUGCCAGAUUUCACUUUAGUAUUACUUAAUGUAGAGUUAGAAGGAUUUAAACUUGACAUGUAUAAAGACAAAAAAUCCGUCUCGUGUCAUUGGAUGCUUACGAAGUACGAAUUUUAG